CGUCAAUUAUCAUUCCAUUCCUACAGGCUACAAUGAGUUCUGUAAAAACUUAGUUUUUUCUCUUGUUUACAACGCAAAUUUAUAUUAUCCAGGCCUUAUAUUAUAAAUUAUUAAAAGAAGUACAUACAUUACACAAUGGAGACAAUAGUUUCUACGGAAGAUAACACGUCUUCAGACGUAGAAGAAGAGUUUAAAAUUCCAAGGCCGGCUACAAAUGCCCGUAGCAACAACGAAGGUUUAGCUUCACGGUCAGUUUCAACUUCCGCAGAAAUUCACCAGCUAGAAGAAAAAAUGAGGCGUAAAUUGCAAUUUUUCUUCAUGAAUCCUAUAGAGAAAUGGCGAGCGAAACGUAAAUUCCCUUACAAAUUUGUCGUACAAGUGAUCAAAAUAGUGUUGGUAACUCUCCAAUUAUGUUUAUUUGCCCAUAACAGAUAUAAUCACGUAAAUUAUACUUGGGAUAAUCGUAUCACCUUCUCACACCUGUUUUUGCUUGGAUGGGAUUCAACUCGCGAAAUAAAUGCUUAUCCACCAGGAGCAGGGCCACUAGCUGUAUACAAAUUGGAUGAAUUUUAUAAUACAUUGGACUAUGCAGUCAAUGGCUAUGCUAAUUUAUCGAAUGCCAUUGGCCCUUAUUCUUACGAUAACGAAGAUAACAAUAUGACUGACCCUGUGUUCUGUGUGUACAAUUAUAAAAAAGGUAUUAUAAACGGUUUCAAUGAAAGUUACGAGUUUAAUUCGGAAAUCGUUUCAAAUUGUAUAAAUUUUACUAAACCUGAAGGGGAGUUAUUUAUGUCUAAACAACAUGUAGAAGCAGCUGGGCUUGAUAUUAAUUUUGCAGCAUUAGUGCGAGCGGAGCUUAUGUUUUCUAUAAAAACAAUCAAUUUUCGUGCCGCAGGGCCCAUCACUCCGCCAGAUUGUUAUCGGUUUGAUGUAGCGAUUGUUUUUGACAACGUGGAUCAUGAUGGGCAAAUGUCAUUGGCCCUAGAGGCUGAACCGUUCAAGCUGAUAUGCAAAGGUGAUCAAGCGUACAUCACAGAUAACCAAAUUGACCAGAUACUACGAAGUAUUUUGAAUAUUUUUGUCAUUCUCAUCUGUAGCGCGUCUCUUCUGUUAUGCAGUCGAGCGAUUUACAGGGCGCAGCUUUUAAAAGAACUAACCGUACAGUUCUUCCUACGAACAUACAAUAAGCAGCUAAGUUUAGAUGGUCGUUUGGAGUUCCUCAAUAUUUGGUAUAUUAUGAUCAUCGUUAAUGACAUUCUUAUCAUCAUGGGCUCAGCGAUAAAGGAGCAAAUAGAAAGAAACCAAUUCACUAAUGAUCAAUGGAAUGUAUGUUCACUUUUCUUAGGUACAGGUAAUUUACUGGUUUGGUUCGGAGUGUUAAGAUAUUUAGGUUUCUUCAAAACAUACAAUGUGGUUAUAUUAACACUCAAAAAGGCAGCUCCGAAAAUAUUCAGAUUUUCAUGCUGCGCUUUAUUGUUGUACGCUGGUUUUAUGUUCUGUGGCUGGUUGAUUUUAGGACCUUAUCACAUGAAAUUCAGAUCACUAGCGACUACAUCUGAAUGUUUAUUCUCAUUAAUAAAUGGUGAUGAUAUGUUCGCUACAUUCUCUAUAAUGUCAAAGAAAUCACCAAUGUUGUGGUGGUUUAGUCGUGUAUAUUUGUAUUCUUUCAUAAGUUUGUACAUAUAUGUUGUACUCAGUUUAUUUAUAUCUGUUAUCAUGGAUGCGUAUGAUACGAUAAAACAAUAUUAUAAAGAGGGAUUCCCAAAGAGUGAUUUGCAGCAAUUUAUAGGGGAAGCUAAUAUUGAGGAGGUUUCGUCUGGCUUAUAUAGAACUCAUAGUUCAACGUCUUUAAACGCUUUCAUGAACUCUUUAUUUUGUUGUAAUGUGUACAGAAGCGCGUACUCAAAAAUAGGUGGCAACUCUACUCUUAAUUUAUUAUAGGCUCUGUAAUUUAAAAUUAGCUUUUAAGUUAUUUGGUAGCCAUUGUAAAUAGGUACUAAACAGUACGGAUGUAUAUUUUUGUCACAAAUUAAGAAUUAUUGUUAUUAAAUUUAAUCAUGUUGUAUAAUUAACCACCGAAGAUUCUAAUGUACGAUAGGUGGAUGUUGUUUUUAUUGUAAUGAUAUUUUUAUAUUGUUGCAAAGUGCAUGAACUUUACCAUUGUAAUAAAAGUUUAUAUUGUAAACUGCAAUUAAGAUUACACAAUGUAUCAAUCCUUGAAAAUAUAUACUCAAUAAAGCAUGUGCAUAGCAA